AUGUAUACCCAGACACAGUCCCGCCCACCAUCGACUUUUUCUCCCGACGCUGGUCUCCGCCGUCCUUCCCAGCUGGAAUUGAGAGCGGAAUCCCAGUACUCCCGCCCACCGUUCUCGUCCUCCCUCCCGCCCCCACCGCCCGACCAGUAUGAGGACGGGCCCUUCGACCCGCCCACACCGCCCGACGCGGACGACUUCUACACAUCCCAGGUCAACUUUCAAGAGCAACAGUACACGCCGUCCGUUACCACGCAGUCUCUGCGCGCGCCCUCACCCCCGCCAGGCCCCAUUCUCGACCACUCCCACCUCCGCCCGGGCAACCAGGCCGCCCUGCUUUCCCACGAGCGCACUCUCGAGCUCUACCGUGCCAACGCGAAGAAGACGCAGGACCCGGACCUCCAAUUCGAGUUCGCCGUCUUCAUGAUCGACGCCUCCAAGACGAUGCCCAUGCCCACCCCGACCCUGGGCAAUGUCAUGGACAUCGAGAAGGCCAUCCAGAAGCGCGAGGAUCUCGUGCGCGAGGCGACUUCCAUCCUCAAGCGUCUCGCAGACCGCGGACACAUGCCCUCCCAGUACUUCCUCGCCGACUGCUACGCCAACGGGAUCGGCACCCACAAGAACCGCCAGGACUUCGACCGCGCCUACCCCCUCUUCGUCCUCGCCGCCAAGCACGGCCACCCCGACGCCUCCUAUCGCGCCGGCACUUGCUGCGAGAACGGCUGGGGCUGCAGGCGCGAGUCCGCCAAGGCCGUCCAGUUCUACAAGAAGGCCUCCGCCUCGCUCCAUCCUGGCGCCAUGUACCGCCUCGGCAUCGCCGAGCUCAACGGCGAGCUCGGCUUCUCCAAGAGCCCGCGCGAGGGCGUCAAGUGGCUGAAGCGCUCCGCGGAGCACGCUACGGCCGAGUUCCCCCACGCGCUGCAUGAGCUCGCCCUGCUUCACGAGCGCGGCAUUGACAACGUGCUCUUUGCGGACAACGACUACGCGGCGGAGCUCCUUGCGCAGGCGGCGGAGCUCGGGUACGCCCCGAGCGCGUACCGUUUGGGCGAGUGCUACGAAUACGGCAAGAUGGGCUGCCCGCAGGACCCCGCGCUCUCAAUACACUACUACAACAUCGCGGCGCAGCAGGGUCACCGCGACGCGUGCUUCGCGCUCACAGCGUGGUACCUCGUCGGCUCGCCCGGGGUGCUCCCCCAGUCAGAUACGGAAGCAUUCUUGUGGGCGAAGAAGGCUGCAGACGCGGGGCUCGUCAAGGCGAUGUACGCCGUCGGGUACUUCCUCGAAGUGGGCAUCGGCACCGAGCCCGACUCUACAGAAGCGACGACGUGGUACAAAAAGGCUGCGGAGCAGGGCGACAAGCGCGCUGCAGCACGCUUGAGGACCGGCGCUCUGAGCAAACCCAUGCCUGGCGGUCCUGGUGCAGUCCUCCAUCGGGACAGCACCAGCAACAGCGACCUGUCCUCGGGAAAGGGUGCGAAGGACAAAGAUUGUAUCAUCAUGUAA